AUGUGGGGGGCACCGGCGUGGGCCGGGCCGCUGCCCCCCGUGCCCCCGGCGUGGCCACGUGGGCCGCGGGCCUUCGCGUCGAGCUCCCAGUACGUGGCGGCGGUGAAGGAGGACUUGGCCGAGUGGCUGCGAGGCCUGUACCCGCUGCGCGUCGACAAAGACAACUUCCUGGACGUCCUGGCCACCGGACGGGUGCUGUGCCACCACGCCAACCACGUCACCCGGGUGGCCCGGGCCGGCCUCGCCCCCGGAACCCCGGGCCCCGGCCUCCGCCGGCCCCGCCGCGGGGUCAGCUGCAACCCGGAGGCCCGGCCGGGCACCUUCCAGGCCCGGGAUAACGUCUCCAACUUCAUCGGCUGGUGCCGGGAGGAGAUGGGCAUCCGAGAGGUGCUGAUGUUCGAGACGGAUGACCUGGUGAUGCGGAAGAACGAGAAGCAGGUGGUGCUGUGCCUCCUGGAGCUGGCAAGGCAGGGGGCACGGCUUGGGGUGGCGGCCCCCACCCUGGUGCAGAUGGAGGCGGAGAUCGAGGAAGAACUGAGGCCCCAGCCGGACCCGGACCCCCCUCCGCGCCGACCCUGCCACUUCCACAACCUGGACCAGAUAGUCCAGAAGUUGGUGAGCCGCUGCACCUGUCCCGUCCAGUUCGCCAUGGUCAAGGUGUCGGAGGGAAAAUAUCGCGUGGGGGACUCCAGCACCCUCAUCUUCAUCAGGAUCCUGCGGAGCCAUGUGAUGGUGCGCAUUGGGGGCGGCUGGGACACCCUGGACCAUUACUUAGACAAGCACGAUCCCUGCCGCUGCACCUCCCUCUCCCACAAAGCGGGGAGCCCCCAGAGCCCGCCGCCCGCGCCGGCCCAGCACGAGGUGGAAGUCCGCCGACGGCCCGGGCGUCCCGACGGACGGCAGCCACCCACGGUCACCGUCCGUCGCGCUCAGAGCCCGCCGGCCCCCGUGGCCUGGACCACCUACGCUCCCCAAGGCCUCGGCCUCCCCCCCCGCCGUGGUCGCCCCUUCCUCCCCGGACCCUCAAGGCCGUCGGCCCUCACGGGCCCGAGAAUCGCCCGGGCCCAGGACGGGCUCGCCCUCCACAAGCCGAGGUCCCAGCAGGCCCAGCCCCCCACUGACCCCGGACUCUCCCAGUCCAGGGGCUGCGGGCUGAGAGACCCCACGCCCCGGAGGCCACGGGACCCCCAGGAGGCCAUCUCACCUCGUCCCCUCUGCCCCCCGAGUCCGACCAAGCCCCCUCCCCUCCAAUCGGUCCUCCCGGAGGCCGGGCGAGGUUUCCGGGGGCAAGCGGAGGGGGCCGCAGCGCCUCUCCCCAGGGACCCCAGCCUUACCCGGUCCCCCUCCCCGGGGGCCACCAAGCCCUCCAGUAAGCCCCCCACUCCCGGGCGGCCCCCUCACCCACAGAGACCCCAAAAGCCGGUCUCGUCCCCUCGUCCCUCCUUCCCUGGGGAGGAGGAGAGCCCCCACCUCUCAGUUGCCCCGGUACUGAAGGGCAGGACCAGGCCGGGCUGUUGCCCUGGUGACCGAGGGGGCCCACCACGGCCGUUCUCCGGGUCCCUGGAGAGGGCACCUUUUGGGCGCCCGGAGGCCGAGGUCACAGCCCACGUGCGGGCCCAGGGAAUGAGGGCGGCCGAGGCCCACCCGGGGAGGGCGUCCUGCCCCCUCGGAGCCCCCGGGACCCCCCAGAGCGGUGUCCACGUGCCCGGCCCGGGGUCCCCCUACGAUCUCGUGGUCCAGGAGCUGAGCCGGGGGCUGCCCCCGCUGUUGGCCGUAGCCCGGGCCCAGGGGGAGGGCAACAGUUUGGGGAGAAACUGGGCCGGAGAGGGUGCAGUCAGCGGAGGGGUCUCCCGGGAGACUACUGUGGCCUCCUUGGAGACCCCCAGCGCUUCUACAGGGCCAGGGCCGGGGCCAGGCCCGGCUCCGGACAAGACCCGCCGGACCCUCCGCGAGCCCGAGCGCAUCCCAUCCAUCUACAAGCUGAAGCUGCGACCCCGGGGCCGGCCCCGGCGGGACCAUCGGGCCGGGAGGCCACCGUCGAGGAUCCCGACCCCGGUGGGCUUCCGCCGGGGCGGGGGGCGUGGGGCCGGAGGCCGGAGGUCGGCCGGGCCGGGCAGCGGGGCGGAUGGGGCCUCAGCCGGGGAGGCCGCCGGGCCCGACAGCAGCGGGUCCGAGCCCCCAAAUGAGGACGAGGAGGCCUGGCUGAAACUGCAGCAGAACAGAUUCAGCGGGGUGCGGGCUCAACGCACCCUCCCAGCCCCCCGGGGCAGGAAAACCAGGGGCGGGGGCGCAGGGGAAGGGAAAUCCAGCGUGAUACAUUCUGGAGGAUCUUCUGGGGCCGGGGUCACCCCAGCUGCCCCGGGGGCCUACGAAGGGCUGGGGGUGGGUGGGGGGCACGGCGAUGCCCGCAGAAGGCCGGAGGGCGCGUGUUUCUUUGUGCAUGUGCGUCUGUGCCCCGGGCUUCCGGAAUUACAGAAGUCCCGGCAUCCCGCUGGGAAAGGCCUCCUCCUAACCCACCCUCGGGUGCCCGGGUCGAGCUGGGCAGGAUCGGGCCGCCGCCGCCGCGAGGGACCGGCGGGUGGCCUGUGCUUCCGGCAGCGGGGGGGUCUGGCGGGGGUCGGGGGUCACAAGCCCUUGUGUUUCAACCACGGCGCCCGCUCUUUCCUUCCUCCGGGAGCCCCGGGGCGGGUGAGGAAAAAGGGGGAGCCUUAUCCCUGUUUCAGAGGCUCAGAGGAGGAUAGCAUCUGGGCCCAGGUCACGCGGCACAUGGGAGUGAGGAAGGGCGAGGACUUGGGAAAACCGACCCGAGAGCAAGGGAGCCGGCGGCUCUACCUAGCAGAGAAGCUGCGGGACGGAGGGAUGAGAAGAGCCCCUCGACCCAAGCUGGGGAAUAAACAGAUCGAGGGGAAAGGCCCCCUCCCCUAA